AACCCCACCAGGGCACCAGCAACAUCCUCAGGGCCACUGGCCAAUGAAAAGAAGAUCUCAUCCUGCCAGUUCACAGCCUGCUGUGCUCUGCCAGAGAAAUGCCUCCCCACAAGACAGUGAAGACACCAACGCUGAGAAUGAAGAAGCUGAACUGGCAGAAGCUGCCCUCCAAUGUGGUGAGAGAGAGCCACUCAAUGUGGGCUUCUGUGAGCAGCAGCAGUGAGGAAACCAUAGAGCCCAACUACAGCAGCAUUGAGCAGCUGUUCUGCUUCCCACAGCCAGCCCCCAAGGAGAAGACAGCAGCACCAGUGAAGGCAGAGCCGAAGGAGAUCACAUUUUUGGACUCCAAGAAAAGUCUCAAUUUGAACAUAUUUUUGAAGCAAUUUAAAUGCUCCAAUGAAGAGGUGACUGCCCUGAUCCAGAAUGGGGACCGGACCAAGUUUGAUGUUGAAGUUCUGAAGCAGUUGCUGAAGCUGCUGCCUGAAAAGCAUGAGAUAGAAAACUUGAAGGCCUUCAAAGAAGAGAAAUCAAAGCUAGCAAAUGCAGAUCAGUUCUAUCUUCUCCUCCUUCAGAUUCCCAGCUACCAGCUGCGCAUUGAGUGUAUGCUGAUCUGUGAAGAGACCACCGUCGUGCUUGACAUGAUUCAGCCCAAAGCUGAAGCCAUCCGGAGAGCCUGUGAAGGUCUUCUGACCAGUCAUCGCCUGCCAGUCUUUUGUCAACUGAUUCUCAAAGUUGGAAACUUUCUGAACUAUGGGAGUCACACAGGCGAUGCCGAUGGGUUUAAAAUCAGCACUUUACUCAAACUGACAGAAACCAAAGCAAACCAAACCCGCAUUACACUGCUCCACCAUAUUCUAGAGGAAGUAGAAAACAGCCACAAGGACCUACUGGAGCUGCCAAAGGAUCUUGAAUAUGUUUCAAAAGCAGCAGGAAUUAAUCUUGAUAUUAUACGCACGGAGUCCGGUACCAAUUUAAAGAAGUUGCUGGAGCUUCAGCGGAAAGUCUUAUCAUCAAAUGAGGAUGUGAAACAGCAGUAUGAGAAACCCAUCCAGGACAGCAUUGAUGCCUCCAGAAAGCUGGAAGAAGAAUUUGAAACCAUUGAAAAGAAGAGAGAAGAACUUGCAAAUUAUCUCUGUGAAGACCCAAGCAAGUUGUCCUUAGAGGACAUAUUUAGCAUCAUGAAGACCUUCAGAGAUCUCUUCAUCAGAGCCCUGAAGGAAAACAAGGACAGAAAGGAGCAAGCUGCCAAAGCAGAGAAGAGGAAAAAACAGCUAGAAGAGGAAGAGGGGAAGAGACAGAAGGGGGAAAAUGGAAAAGUCAUCAAGAAGGGGUUGAUGAAGCAGGAGGAGGUGUGUGUCAUCGACGCCCUGCUUGCCGACAUAAGGAAAGGGUUCACACUGAGAAAGACAAAGAACAGACACGAGUCAGAUGCAGUUCCUAAACCCUUAUCUGCAGAGAGCCUGGAGGAAAGCCAGUCUGCCAAUGUAAAAAGGCGGGGAGAGCAGCUCAGACCUUUUCCACAGGCUUUAUUAAUGCCCAUGAAGGGGUCAGGCUACAAAUCCAAAGGAAAGGAUCCACAAGCAGCAGGAAAGAUUGAUGACAAGACCCAGCAAAACAAGGAUGAUCAUCCCCCAGAAAGCACUCCUCCCUCAACCACUGCCCCGAUGGAGACAGGUGGAGGUGUUACAAAUGGUUCAGCUUCAGGCCAGGUAUUAUCUAAAAACAAUGCUGGAGGAAGUUUGCCACUGGAGUCCCAGACAAAAAGUCCCUCAGUGAGCAUGGUAGAAGCUGAUGGAGCCAGCCAGACCAUGCUGGGCCCCGGGAUGGAGCAGGCAAACAACAUGGAAAGCUUCCAGCCCAGCACAAAGAACAGCUCCCUCGCCUUCUCUGUGGCUGACAUAGGCACAAGGGUGAGCUUUGUGAGCAGCAGUUCAGCCUCUGCUCUGAGAGACCAACUCAGCUGGACCAACAGGUCCAUGUCAGGAGGCCAGGACAAGGAAUGCCCAACUGAUGGCUUAGAGAGUGCUCAGUCUGCUCCCUGCAGUGAGGCUCAGCAGGCAGAGUCAAAAGAAAUUACAAAGGAAAAUGAAGACCCUGGUACAGACUCGCUGUUGGACACCUCUCAAGACAAGUCCUUCUCAGAGGAGCCGGCCACCGACUCCUCUUGUUCAGCAACACUUCCCCCAGAGCAAACUCACACCGACAGGGAAAAGCAGAGGCCAUCAGGGAAACGGAAGAAGAAGAAGAGGCACAGCAAAAGCUACUCAGAGGUUGAGACUGAUACUGGAGAUAAUAAAACAAAAAAAGAUUGUGUGACACAAUGAGGUGUCAUGACAAGGCAGAAGUUAUGAGAGAACCUCUCCCGUGUCCCUGGAGUGCUGCCAGCUUCUGAAACUCCAGGUUCUGCAUCAAUGAAAUGUCACCAUGGACAACUUCUGCCCCAUGAAGACCCACAGCUUCUCCUCAUGCAGCCUUUCACUCCCCUCCCCGGGACCUAAAGAGCCUUUCCAGUGACUCUGGACCCCUCAUCCUGUGCCUUGCACUGGGCACCUGUGGGGGCAGGGGAUGGUUUUGUGCAUAGUGGCAGUGAAAGGGUCAGACCUGUCAUCCACUGUCCUGGAAGCCAAGUCUUUCAACCUGAUCUUAGGCCAAACUUCUCUUGAAAUGACAACUGAGUGUGGCCCAAGAACAGACUGCAGUGUUCAGCCCUCAAAAAAGUGUUUAAAACAGCAGUGCCUCAACUAAAUUAAGAGUAUAAAUUAAGCAAUGGCUGUACCAUCAUGGGUGGAGGUGUGUUAAGUCCCUCUUCUCAUUGCCCACUGACUUGUACUGGACCAGGUCCAAGACCCAGAUUAGACAAAUGUAUUUUUACUCUCAAUCACUUAAAGCAAGGGAAAUUGGUUACAUGGGGAAAAAAAAAAGUAAAAUAAGAAGUAUGUAUUUUAGUAAGCAUAUGGCCAUAUAAACAGUGUCUGGUUCCUACAUGAUGCUUAUGUGCAGUUAAGUUGGAGAGCAUCAGUAGUCUAAAGUAGUCUUGUCACACACACACACGCUGAUGCAUCCAUCAGCUUUUGGAGAACCAGGGCCCUGGUUUCUCUUACUAAAGCAAAAGGAAGAGGUUUUCCAGAGUGCUCCAUUGGACACAUUUUCAGCUUAUCCUGUAGUAAAUCUCUGGGUUUGACUUCCAUUGUCAGCUGCUUGUACUCAAGAGUCUAUGUCCAAGCUGCAGAAGGUGUGGAAUCAUGUUACUUUGGCUUUAAAACUGGGACUGUGCAGUACUGCGUUUUCAAAAUUCAGAGCUUUAUUUCUCAAGUUUUGUAAUAACACUGUAUAAUAAUUUUGUACAUAGCUGUCCAUUUAAAAUGUUCUAUGUUUGUUGAAUCUGUGGUAUGAUAUGUGCUGGAACAUAAAUCCAGUGGAAGAGCUGGGUACAUUUCAGAACUGUUCAUUUAUAUGGUGACUCACUGUAGCUAAACUAAUGUGCAGGCUAAAGCUUAUUUUGCUUCGCUUAAUAGGACUUGUAAUGUCCUUGUAAUACUGAAAACUUAGACGUGAAACCAAGAAUUAAAUCACUGGUUUGUUUUAACCAAGGCAUCACUAUGAGCAUAUUGACAACUGAAGAAGCAGAGCUGACUUGAGAACAGACACGGGGGCAGGUUCAGUGCAGGAGACACUGCAGAGCAGCACAGCCCUGUUACAACAGAAAACCCAUUCCUGCUGGCAGAGGCAGGGAUACCCCCAGCAUUCCCUGCAGAACCAUGUCACCCAGGUUUGAUUUGCAGGACUGUCUCUAUCACACCUACAGGUUUCCCCUUUUUUUUCCCCUCUUUUCCAGUCUCAGAGCACAUCACCAAGCACCAUCCUUUUGCUCUUCCAUCUGCUGCUCAGAUUAGACUCCAAGCUGCAAAAACCUGAGAAUAAAACACAUUCUCCCACCUCUGUGUUUCCAGAAGAGCCUUCAGCCCAGGCUAGCAGAGCACAGCUAGCCUCCUCCUCACCACCCCACUGUUUGACCAAUAGCAACAUCAUUUGGAGAUGCAGGACUGGGAAACAAACAGUUUUUCUGGGUGUUACAUAGGGAACCUUUCCUGCUGAUGCCACAGUGACUGCUCAUUUCAGAUGCUACAGCAUGUGUCCAUUUCUCCACCUGGGUCUUUCAGCUUCCCUCAUUUCCACCCAGAGAGCAGCUCAUUUCCACAGCCAGAGUUUUCAUUACUCUGUGUGCUUACCUUGGCCUUUAAAGAGAGUGGGUUUAGCAUUAUCUUUCCUCUGCUUUCAAGAGUUUACUAAGAAAUGGGUUAUUUUGAGCCACCAGAGGCUCUUUGUUCAAUAGUCACCUGUAAAUUAUCUAUUCAAUCACAUCCCAAUCAGCAGACUCAAGCACAGCGUUUAUAAUUUAUUUCUCCAGAGCAGCUCUGCUUCCAUUCCAGUGAUUAUUAAAGAAGAACAGAAAAAAAAAGAGUAAGUGCAGGUCAAAGACUGAUAUUCAACUGGGAUGUGCAGUUUUGUUCCAUUUAUGAGCUUGAAAUAAAGCUCAUGAUCCAGAAUAUUUUUUAGUGGUUGAAAGACUAAAUUAAUUGGUGGUAAAAAGAAUAUCACAGCCAAUUCAACAGAGCCGUGGUCAUUUAAGUCAACCAUGAGUACAGACCUCAAAAUAGAAUUCUUGUGGUGUAUUACAGUAACUGCACAUCGAGUGUGGUAUGUAAACCAGGCUGUGGCCACCACAGGCUUCUUACUGUCAAAUAAAUGCAUAUUCUGUAAACAUUGGCUAUAUGAUAAAAAUGGAAGUAUGGGAGAAAUCAGAAAAGUCUUUUUCAAAUAUUUCACAUCAAAAAUCAGCUGUUUAGU